AUGACAAAACGUCGAAUUAAUUUAGGAAACAACAUUCUCAGUCAAGAACCAUCGGGUCCAAAAAUGAAAACAGAAAUUCCUGUACGAGGUUUCUUUGGUCCAAAAUCAAAACAAUUCAUGAAAAAACUCGAGAAAACACAAAACGCUUUAAGUACAAUCUUUGUAUUGGAUGUUGAAAAAUCUAUAGGCAAUUAUGCUGUUGACGUUGAUGGAAAUAUUUUAUUAGAUGUUUAUGAACAAAUUGCUUCUCUUCCACUAGGUUACAAUCAUCCAGCGAUUCAAAAAGUUUUUCAAGAUUCAAAAAAUUUGAGUCAACUUGUUAAUCGACCAGCACUCGGUGUUCAUCCAACACCUCAAUUUAUUAAACAAAUAGAUCAAACACUACUUCGAGUUAUAUAUUAUUAUCUAAUUUUUUGA